CGCUUGGACCUUCGAUUAGUAUCUACAAUAGACGAUAGGACCAAGUUAGAAGCCAUAACUGGGGAAUUUGCUAGUGAUGCGGCGACUAAUGAAUCGAAGCUGUACUAUGACAAGCUCAAGUCCGUGGCUGCUAGCAAAGUUCAUCUUAAUCAUACUCUUCGUUCUAUGCCCUACAUAACACCAUCCCAAGUUCAAUUCAUCCGUCUCACCAUUGUCCAAGUAAUGAGUCUUACUUGUUACAUUUAUUGCUUGACCCUAGUAGAUAAAAAAGUAUAUUGUCUUGAUGAAAUU